GUGGCGCCAUUGGGGAGAUGACAAGCAAGUUGAAACGUCAAAAGUUUCAAUUGUAAACAAACAAAAUGUGUGCAGUUUUAACGUUGGGUUUAUGGAAUGCGGCACAAUUGCGACGUAUAACAAUAGACAAUGUGGAUUUUAACGAUAAAGUUGAGGCGUUCAAGAACGCCGCCCUGAAAAUUCUCGGUGAAAGCAAUGAUAUAGAUCUGACUUAUUGCGGUGUUAUUAUGGAUAAUGAGAACACUUUAUCGUCAUAUGGUGUUUGUCCAGGAGAAAUUGUUUAUGGCACGGCUAAGAAACCGGCACCUCCAGUUGUUCCACCCAAAACUUACACUGAAACCGAUAUACAAAAUGUUGUAUUCAUAUUCAGCAGUUUCAAUAUCAGUGGACGAAGAACUGCUUUACAGAAAUUAACCCGUGCCGAAGUACUGGAAGAAAUAAUCGCACACGUUCCCGGUUUGGCGGAUGACCCGAUCGCCGUCUCGAUAAUCCAGGACCCGGAACUAAUCGGCCACAUGUCCAAUCCGGAAACAGUACGAAAAAUGGCCGAGACCCACCCCCUGCUCAUAGAAGCCGCCAACUACAUCGCGUCCCAUAUCGAGGAGGACCACACCACCGGCUCGCCCCAGGCCAGCACGAGUACAGGUUACUCCUACAGCUUGGAAGCUUUGUCCGAUGAAGACGACGACUUGGAUUCGGAUACCAACGUCGGUUCGUCCGGUUUGACCAGGAAUUCCUCGUUCAACGCGAUUACGGCGGCGCAAUUGGCGGCGGCGAUCGCCAACGCUACCAACACGGCGUUCAACACGAACAGCGCCGGCGUCCCCACAACCAGCAGCAACCAAAACAGCGUCAUCACCAGCGAAAUGUUUUCUUCGGCGAUCGAGCAAGCUUUGGGAGCGCCCAGUGGAAACGAGGCACCCGCGGAGAAUCCGGCUCAACGUUUGGAGCCGCAGCUGAGGCAAAUGCAUGAGAUGGGAUUGGUUAAUGAUACUCUGAACGUUAGAGCACUGCAGAUCACCGGCGGGGAUGUACAAGCGGCGAUUGAAUUAGUUUUUAACGGGGCUGUCGAAUGAUAUCUUUAGAUUUUGAUAUUAAAAGUUCGCAAUUUCGAUUUUUUUUGGUACUAUUUAGUUUAUCCAAUAAAAUAUUCGGCUUGUCAGAUUGAUUGCGGUUUAUUUUAUUACUGUAUGUGAUUUUGUUUUACAUGAAAAGUUUAUAAUAAAUAUUUUAUAUAUCUA